UAUUUGCCGCCAAAUGUACUCGUUAUCGAUAUCGGCUGUCUGGCAAUCGAUAGACUCAUUGUGUGAAAUUUUGCGGUAUCCAAGACAGCGGUGUUGUGCUUAACCAAGAUAUCAAUUAACAAGUGCAAAUUGAAUGAGUGCAGUGCUUAAACUAAUCAAAGAACGACUUAAGGAAUUCAACAAAUUUUUGGCAGCCAUAGUAGCUGUCAAUAUAAGUGCAAAACGAUCAAAAGGCAACCAAGCUUUACAAAUGCAGCGCAAAAUAUCGCAACGCAGACGAUGGAUGAUGCCCGAGCUCAGCAUAAUAACAAUAAGGGCUGUGCACAAAUAGCAAUUAAUCAAAUUAAAACCAGUGAAAAAUAACAACAACAACAACAACAACAACGCACAAACUUUAGUUAUUUGAGUAAAAAGAACUCUUUAAACUGUAAAAAAAAAAACUUUAAAAAACUUAAAAGACUAAAAGAAUUGUUUAGCUUGUGGCAAAUCCGUUACACAUAUCUAUUUACAACAAACAAAAUACAACAUCUACCGCCGCCAUGUUCAAUUUCCAUAAGCCACGCGUCUAUCGCUCAGCGGACGGCUGCUGCAUUUGCCGCGCCAAAUCGAGCAGCUCCCGCUUUACAGCCUCGCGCAAAUACGAGAAGGAGUCGAUGCAGUGCUUCAAUCUGCACGAGCCGCGCAACGGUGAAAUCUGCAAUGCCUGCGUCCUGCUGGUCAAGCGCUACAAGCGGCUGCCCGUCGGCAGCAAGCGCCAUUGGGGACAUGUGGUUGAUGCACGCGCCGGACCCGGCACCAAAUCGCUGGCCAAGCAGAAGAAGCGCGAGAACGAAUGUGAUGGCAAGACGGGCGGGGGCGGCUCUUUUAUACCCGAAAAGUUUGCCAAGAUUUUCAAAAAGAAUCGCAAGGGCAAGAUAACGGCUGCCGCAUCUGUAGCGCCAUCUGUAGCCAGUCAGCAGCAACUGCAGCAGCGCAAUGGCAGCAGCCACGAAAGUUCACCACACUCCGAGGAGCAGCCGAGCGAUUCCAAUGAAAGCCACGACGAACAGGAGCAGCAGCUGCAACAUCAACAACAACAACAACCACAACAACAACAACCGCAUCAGCUGAUCGCAUGUGUUGCCGCAACACCGUAUCAGACGCGCAAACGGACCGCUGCAGCUGCGCAGCUGGCCACAGCGACAGUGCUGAAAAAGAGUGUUGCACAACGUCUGCGUUUGACUGGCAGCAAGCGAAGGCGCAUGCUGGAGCCAAAAAAGCAUCGUCGCGCCGUCGACAAUGUGCCGUUCUUUGAGGAGCACGAUCUGCUGCGUCUGGACGUGUGCUGCGGCACCGUAUUCCAGAGUCUCAGUCUGGGCAGCGCUUGUUAUAUAAUUGAUCCGGAGCUGUACAAGCCAUGCGAAAAGCACCGCAGACGCAGGCAACAACAACAGCAGUCGCAGCCGCAGCCGCCGAGGGAAUUGGUUCAGCCGGUGCAGGCGGCGGAGCUGGAGCCAAAGGCAAUCAGUCAGAGCAUCAGCACGCCGGCGUUAAAAAAGCAUCAUUUGUAUUUUAAGCGACAAUCGGAAUCAUUUCCACAGGGCGAAAUACAUAGAAUAAGUCCAGUUCCAUUGAAUAAGACUGAGGCCAUGCCGAACCCAACGCCAGCAACAGCAGCAACAACAACAAACACUCUACAACAACAACAACAUUCCACAGCCAAUGGCAGCUUAGCGCUCGCACUCAAACCAACACUGGCAACGGCAGCGGCAUCUGUGACGUCAUCAGCUUUGCAUGCGAGCAUCUUAACAACCGCUGUGGGCGCCGCUUCGCCCUCAUCGCUAUCUUCAUCCUCCAAUUGCUCCACCUCCUCCUCGGUGGCCACCAAAUUCAAUGACAAUUCCUCGGACUCGGGCUUUGAUGAGCAUGUGCUGGAGCGCAAAUCCGUUAGUCCGCCAACGCAGGACGAACUGCAGCUGGAGAAGAAGGCGGCACGCGGCGGCGGCAGCGUCCAACGUUUAAUCCUGGCCAGCGGUCUACCCAUAAGCGGCCAGGCCCAAAAUCUGGUGCUGACCGGCAACGAGUUUACCGCGCGCUUUGUCCAGCGACAGCAGGCGCCAACGCAGGCGCUCAAAAUCAAUGUGCUGGCGGCCGGAGCAGCAGCAGCAGCAGUAGGAGGAGGAGCAGCAGCAGGAGGAGCAGCAGUAGGAGGAGGGGGAGCAGCAGGAGCAGCAGCAGCAACAACAACUGGAUCUCAAAGUAGUGGCAAUAAAAUGCGUGCAAUAUUUAACAAUGCGAACACAAUCCAACAUGAGAACGGAGUGACCACCAUAUUGCCGGCAUCCUCGCUGGCGGCCAGCAACCAGACGGCGGCCAUGAAUGCCAUUGCGCCCAGCACGGUGACCAUAACGCCAGCCAAAAAAUCAACAAUCAAUCCAACACCAACAGCAGCAUCAACAGCAGCGGCUGUCAAUCCCAAGUUUAUACUCCUAAAGCCAGCAAUUGCCAGCAAAUUUGGCAGCAGCAGCAGCAACAACGGCGCGAAUCCGGCGCUAGCUGAGCUGAAAAUAGCUUAAAAAAUGUAUGGGGAACGGCGGGAACUAGCGCAUCGGCACGCCGAAGAUUAAAUACCCUUGCAGCAGUGCAGUAACCCUUAACUCAGCCAUAUGCUAAAGUAGUCCGAAACUGUUCCAAACAACAAAGUUGUAAAAUAAGUCAAAUUUCAACCGAUUGUUCGUUCCAGCUAUAUGGCAGCUACAUAUAUGCUAUAGUGCCUCGAUCCUAGCCUUGUCUAAUUUCAACCAGAACUCGCUUCUAAACAUUUUUUUACUGUUACCUCUGCAAGGGCUAUAAAAGGCUGCCAUUAUGUUAAGAGAAACAAAACCAAUUACAUAGCCAUGUUAACUGGCUGUUAAAAACUUGUUGAUUUACAUGCAUAUUGUAGCGAGUAUUUACUGUAAGUGACAAAACAGAAAAAACAAAAAAAAAAAACAACAAAUUGUGUCUAACAUUUGUAUAUAUAUUAUGUAGAGA